AUGCCUCCAAUGUAUUCAGAAACAUACCCAGAAGAAACAUACCCAGAUGAAUACGAUUCCAUACCUGCAGGUCAUAAUCGCCAUGGCUCCGAAAUUCGUUUGUUGACUUCCUACGAUGAUCCCGAUACCCGUCCGAAACCCCUCACUGCCGUAACUGUGACGACUCCCGAGCAUCUAGCGUCUCUCAAGGAAGAAGAGGGAGCCAUCUCAUCUUGCAAGUUGCAAAAGGAAAAGAAGAUACUGGAUAGUUCAACGAUGAAUGCCAAUGACCCCAACGAUAUCGCGCAUCUGUUGCCAGUUCUUCCGGAUGGUCCCUCGCGCAGAAGAUCCCUCAGAUUCCCGGUUUCCUCUCCUUUGUCUACUCUAGAAUCUCAAUUGAAAAAUAAAAAUAUAAGUAGCUCACUUGUUAAAAAUCUUAGGACUUCCUCGGAUCGCAGAUCUUACCAAGCUUCGGUUAUGUCCACGGAUUCAUACGAUGAUCAUAGAAGACCUCCGUCGAUAAACACUUAUGAUGAUCAUAGGAGACCUCCAACUGCAACCACAUAUGAUGACCAUAGAAGACCUCCGACUGCCACUACGUACGACGAUCAUAGAAGACCGCCGACAGCUACUACAUACGACGACCAUAGAAGACCGCCGACAGCCACUACAUACGAUGACCAUAGAAGACCCCCAACGGCAACCACAUACGACGAUCAUCGAAGAGCUCCUUCAAUAAUAGAUAACGCCCCAGAUUUACCUCCUCCCGAAAGCGCAUACCGUCCAUAUUCCCCUCUACAAUAUUCACCAUCAGGUCGAGCCUCCCCAGCACGGACUUGGUCUCCAAUGAGAGAAAGGAAUUCUUCCGAGUUCACUGCACCGCCCCCAAUGGGUUACCAUUACGAACCAUCUGACCUAAAUGGAAGUCCAAGGCCUGGUACACCUUCGACAUCUUAUGGUGGAAGUCCAAGAAGACCAUUACCUCCUGCUCCUCUAUUUGCGCCUAAUGGAGCUCGGGACCGAACUAUGAGAUCAAGGCUAUCAUACUCCACUCUUGCCGAUGACAUGACAAGUGUAAAGGAUUAUGAACAUUAUGGACCAGCACCUUCAGGAAAGCAAGAGCGAAGGGGUGCUAAUAGGACGACUCAAAUGACGAAACGAGAGGUUAAGCUCAUUAACGGAGAGCUUAUUUUGGAAUGUAAAAUUCCUACUAUUCUUUACAGUUUCUUACCUCGAAGGGAUGAAGUUGAAUUCACACACAUGCGAUAUACAGCUGUUACAUGUGAUCCGGAUGAUUUUGUUGCGAGAGGAUACAAAUUACGUCAAAAUAUGGGAGCAACCGCAAGAGAAACCGAACUUUUUAUAUGUAUAACCAUGUAUAAUGAGACGGAGAUUGAUUUUACGAGAACCAUGCAUGCUGUUAUGAAGAAUAUUUCUCAUUUUUGUUCUAGAUCUAAAUCUAGAACUUGGGGAGAAAAUGGAUGGCAAAAAAUUGUUGUUGCCAUCAUUUCGGAUGGAAGACAAAAAAUCCAUCCACGAACACUUGAUGCUCUUGCUGCUAUGGGUGUAUAUCAAGAUGGAAUUGCCAAAAAUUUGGUUAAUGGUCGAGAAGUACAAGCUCAUGUAUAUGAAUACACAACUCAAGUCUCCUUAGAUUCAGACCUCAAGUUUAAAGGUGCUGAAAAAGGAAUUGUUCCUUGUCAGAUGUUAUUUUGUCUCAAGGAGAAGAAUGCAAAGAAGUUGAAUUCUCAUCGUUGGUUUUUUAAUGCUUUUGGAAGAGCUCUCACACCGAAUAUUUGUAUCAUGUUGGAUGUGGGUACAAAACCUGGAGGCAAUUCAUUAUAUCAUCUGUGGAAAGCUUUUGAUACUGACUCUAAUGUUGCUGGUGCUUGUGGAGAGAUUAAAGCUAUGAAAGGAAAGGGAUGGUUAGGACUUCUUAAUCCUUUGGUGGCUUCUCAAAAUUUCGAAUAUAAGAUGUCGAAUAUUCUGGAUAAACCUAUCGAGAGUGUGUUUGGUUAUAUUACCGUCUUACCUGGUGCAUUGAGUGCAUACAGAUAUCAUGCUUUGCAGAAUGAUCAUACGGGUCAUGGUCCUUUAAGUCAGUAUUUCAAAGGAGAAACUUUACAUGGUCAAAAUGCAGAUGUCUUUACUGCGAAUAUGUAUCUGGCGGAAGAUCGUAUUUUAUGUUGGGAAUUGGUUGCUAAGAGAGAUGAAAGAUGGGUUUUGAAGUAUGUGAAGGGAUGUACUGGAGAGACUGAUGUGCCGGAUACCGUUCCUGAAUUCGUAUCUCAAAGAAGAAGAUGGCUUAAUGGAGCGUUCUUUGCAGCUGUUUAUUCUUUGGCUCAUUUCAAACAAGUAUGGCAUACAGAUCAUACCCUCGGACGAAAGGUUCUUCUUCAUAUCGAAUUCAUCUAUCAGUUCAUUCAACUUCUCUUCACCUACUUCUCUCUGGCCAACUUCUACCUCACAUUCUACUUCAUUGCUGGUUCUCUAUCUGUUCCGGAUAUGGAUCCAUUCGGUCAUAAUAUCGGAAAAUAUAUAUUCUACAUUUUAAAAUAUGUCUGUGUUUUACUUACCGCAACACAAUUCAUUCUAUCUAUGGGAAAUCGACCACAAGGAGCACGAAAAUUAUAUUAUAUGUCCAUGAUUAUUUAUUCGAUAAUCAUGGUAUAUACACUUUUCUCAACCAUUUAUAUCGUUUACCGGGAAGUUCAUGAUAAUGCCGGUAGUCUCAAACUAGGCAAUAAUCUAUUCACCAAUCUUGUUGUUUCUCUUUGCUCAACACUUGGUCUCUACUUCCUCAUGUCAUUCCUGUAUCUCGAUCCUUGGCAUAUGUUCACGAGUUCUGGUUCUUAUUUCGCUCUCCUCCCAAGUUACAUUUGUACGCUUCAAGUAUACGCUUUUUGCAAUACUCACGAUGUUACAUGGGGAACCAAAGGAGAUAAUGUCAUGUCCACUGAUCUUGGUGCCGCUUCUGGAAAAGGUCAAACGGUCGAACUUGAAAUGCCAUCGGAACAACUCGACAUUGAUUCCGGUUAUGAUGAAGCCCUUCGUAACUUACGUGAUCGACUCGAAGUCCCUGUUCCUCCCAUCUCGGAAGCUCAACAACAGGAAGAUUAUUAUAAAUCUGUUCGUACGUACAUGGUUCUCGUUUGGAUGAUUGCGAAUGGUAUUUUGGCAAUGGGUGUUAGUGAAGCGUAUGGAGCGAAUCAUCUGGGUGGAUGGGUGGUUGGAGUAGUAAGAUUAGUGAUGGGAUUAGUAGUGUUGGGAGUGCGGUUAAGAGGGGUUAGGUAUAGGGUGGGGUUUUUGUUUCUUUUGAUUGGUUUGGUUGAGGGGGAGAGGGAGGGGAGCGGAAAUAAGGAGUGA